UAUUGGGGAUAAAUACCUGGCAGUAGAGAGCAAAUACCGGCAGCAUGGCGGCGGCAACAGCAGAGAAAGUUCAAGAGAUCAGGGAAGUGACCCGCAUAGAGCGCAUAGGUGCUCAUUCCCACAUUCGUGGGCUGGGUCUUGAUGAUGCCUUGGAGGCGAGACAAGUUUCCCAGGGAAUGGUGGGACAGGUGAAAGCCAGAAAAGCUGCAGGUGUGAUUAUGGAGAUCAUCAAGGGAGGAAACUGAAAUCAUUGAAGGAGAAAUAGUUGAGGUUCAGAUUGACAGACCAGCUACAGGAACAGGUGCUAAGGUUGGCAAGUUGACGCUGAAGACCACAGAAAUGGAGACUAUUUAUCAGUUGGGUCAAAAAAUGAUUGAGUCACUCACCAAGGAGAAGGCACAAGCUGGAGAUAUUGUCACCAUAGACAAAGCAACUGGAAAAAUUACCAAAUUAGGCCGGUCGUUUACGAGAGCUAGAGACUACGAUGCAAUGGGAGCACAGACUAAGUUUGUUCAGUGUCCGGAAGGAGAGUUGCAAAAGAGAAAGGAAGUCGUUCACACAGUUACCCUUCACGAAAUUGAUGUGAUCAACAGUCGGACUCAAGGCUUCUUGGCACUUUUUUCAGGGGACACUGGUGAAAUCAAGUCUGAAGUGAGAGAACAGAUCAACUCAAAAGUUGCUGAGUGGAGAGAGGAAGGAAAGGCUGAGAUUGUCCCAGGGGUUUUGUUUGUGGAUGAAGUCCACAUGCUGGACAUAGAGUGUUUCUCCUUCCUCAACCGUGCCCUGGAAUCUGACAUGGCACCCAUUCUCAUCAUGGCCACAAACAGAGGAAUCACAAGGAUCCGAGGUACCCAGUACAAAAGUCCUCACGGAAUUCCUAUUGAUUUACUUGAUAGACUUGUCAUCAUCUCCACACAACCGUAUGAAGAAAAGGAAAUCAAACAGAUUUUGAAAAUCCGGUGUGAAGAGGAAGAUGUGGAGAUGAAUGACGAUGCCCUUACUGUUCUUACGCGUAUUGGAAUGGAAACAAGUCUCCGCUACUCCAUUCAGCUCAUCACAGCCGCAAACCUUGUGUGCAGGAAAAGAAAGGGCUCUGAGGUUGAUGUUGAUGACAUCAAACGUGUUUACUCAUUAUUCCUGGAUGAGUCAAGGUCUACACAGUUCCUGAAAGAAUACCAACAAGAGUUUAUGUUCAAUGAAAUGACUCAAGAAGAAAUGGAGACAAGUUGAGGUCGUUAUUGUGUUCCCUAAUUCUCAUCUGCUGAUCUGUGUACAUUGCCUUGUGUGGCACAACAUUUUUGUGUCUGUUUCUAUUCAUUAUCAUGUAGGUUUGUGAGGUAUGAAAAAUGAAUCCGAAUGUGUGUACAGAGAAGAUGAUUUCUUUGUUUGAAUAAUACAUUUUUUAAAAACCCAUGGAUAAUCCAUAUUGUUAAAUUCACAAAAUUUGUGGUUGGUUCUAUGAAAACUCUUGGCCAGCUGAAAACAUUCCUUUUUUUUAACCUUUUUUUUUUUAGUUUAGUUUUUAGCAUGUUAUGUGCCCAACUUUAUCCUUCUUUGAUAAUUGAUAGCAAAAGCAACUUCGAAUUCUGACAAAAUUUUAUAUUUUCUUCUCUUUGGUUUUACUUUGUGUUCUCUAUGAAAGAAAUGAUUGAUAUGUUGAGUGAAAAUAAAACUUAGAACAAAAGUGUAAAAAA